AUGUUCCCAGUCAGACCUAAUCGAGACGAUAGGAAGUCGAAAACAAAACGUUCCCGAAAAGAAGAGUCAUCGGCCCGCCGUUCCUCAAUGCCUGGACUCGACUCCAGUCAAACAGGGACCGCCUCGUUCCUUGAGUCCAGGUCCAGUUUACCCUACCCAAGUUUCUCCAAGGCACACAGCAAGGAAAAUGUGCGAAAAGGCGACCCUCCUACUCCAGACGCGACCGAUUUGACCGAGCGCAAUGAGAAGACUACCCGCGAGCACCAUGCGCCGCCCAGCCCACCGCUGACCGGCCUAGACCAGGAGUCGCGGAAGGGAAGUGUCGUGGACGACGAAACCGAAAAAACAAAAAAGAGACCAAGUAUCAGAAUUCGGGCGGAGGUCAACAGAUCUUCCUCCAGUCUAAAGUCGAAACGAGAUGACAGCACCAAGUCCAAAACCAGCAAGACCUCGCGCACCGAAACACCCACGAGAUCCAAAAGCUCCAAGGAGAAGGAGGAGCGGGACCCUUCACCCCGUUCGUCCACGCACAAGUCCAAAUCCAAGUCCUCCACCGAGGAGAAGAAGCUGCCCAAACGGUCGAGUCGCUCAACCAUGUCCGCCUCACAAUCGAACGUUACCAUUCGGGAGGAUGCAGGGUCGCCCAACGGGUCUGACGCGACCUCCAUUGCGCCCAACCAGCAGUAUUCGGUGCCACGAAAACCAACGACCCCGCCAACGAAGCCUCCCUCCAGGACCCAGACCCGAUCGGCCGCGUCCCAUCGUCGCAUUCCCAGCGACGAGUCUAUUGACUUUAUCAAACCAAGCCCGAACGCGUUCGGCGCACCUCCGCCGCCGCCGCCUCCGCCCGAAAUGCCUGCCACUAUCCCUCGAGUCGAUUAUCUGUUGAAGAACGGCGGGCUGGAACACAAAGUCUCGCGCGCACUGCUGGCUAGCUUGGGACAGGCGGAUCCCUUCGCGCCCGGGCAACCCCAGUCUCGAUCUGUGGCUGGCAAGAUCUUCGAUCCCUAUAACCGCUUGCUCGAUGACUAUGAAAAGGUCAUGCACAAAAAUGGGUCUCUCGCGGUAGCGACGGGUUAUCGAUCUGUCGCUCGGCGGUUGCUGGAUCGGCUGGAGGCUGUUUUCGCGCGCGACAUCUCCUCGGAGCCGUGCAGUUGUCAGAUAUGUGUGCGCGCGGAGCCCGACGACCGACCGGACGGAGUGAGCUGGGGUGAGGUGUUGGAGCUGGUGUCUGGCCGCAGGGAACUACCCAUGUGGCCCCCUUUUACGAUGGCACCAAACACCGUGGAUGCCGGUGCAUCGGGCGAUGAGCACGUGCCAAUGCAGAAACUUGACAUUGACGUUCCGGAAGAGUACCGCGAGCAUUUCAUUCGGCAAUCUCGAAAGACCAAGGUCGCUGUUGAUAAAUGGCUUUCAGAGCAAAAUGAUACAGGCACCAGUGCUCCCAACGAGGUCGACGAUGAGACCUUAACCUUUGCCAUGCUCACGCACCUCGAAUCGCACCAGCGCUCCUUGUUUUGCUCGCUGCUUGGCCUUACUUCCUCCACUCCUGUCCCACGAUCUGGCGACGAAAAGCCCCGACCGAAACCUUCCUCCCUUGUCUCAUCCGCUUCGGCCAUUCAGCGUCUCUACCGACUCUCUACUCUUCCUCGCGACCCUGAUACUGCUAUGUAUAUGUUAAAUAACCCCAGUCUUCAUCACGUCCUCGCCACCCUAUCGGCAAUCAGUGAUGAUGAGUGGGAUAUCCUGAUCUCUGGGCGCUUUGAUGGUUUCCUUCGUAGCGGCGCAGAAGAUACAGGGGGCUCCGGCAGAUCCGGUAGUCGUUCAAACACGCCUUUGGGUGGAGGUAUCUCUCGAGGACCAACGCCUAACUAUAUGGACGGAAGUUUCCGACCGUCCAGUCAGCUGAAUGGUGGUCAAUCAUCAGCAGCCUCGUUUGGGGGUCCAAUCGCAUUGGAUGAGGAGACCGAAAUAGCCGCACUAGCCGAAGUCGAGCGCGACAUCUUCCUAGGCAUGGAAGCUCUCGAGGAUGCAUUCGAGGCGUUACACCUCAAAGCCGAAGUCGUGCGUCGGGCGCUUCGCGAGCGCGGUGCAGGCCUGGCAGUCGCCAACCAAAGCCGGCGCGGCUCCCACGUCGAAGCUCGUAUGGGAACUCCGUUCUCUGGCGUUGGAGGGUGGGAAAGUGGUGAGGAUGACUUCCUCGAUGAUGACCGUUCUCUUGCGCCAGAUGACUCGGCGAGUAACAUUAGCUCGAACCGUCGUCGUCGGCCGAAGAGAAGAACCGAGCGACGCACGCCUGCGCCCGUGGAGGAAGAAGACGAGGAAGAAGAGCGGUCGCCUGUUCAUCGGGACUCGCGUGGUUCGCGACGAAGGUAG